ACAAGUGCCUAACAACACAAUAACACCAAUGAAGAGAAAAGUGAAGACAAAAGCGGCGCAUUAAACAAAAGCAUUCCCAACUUCAUAAAAAAGUUUACGGUAAAGAAAUUGUUAAAAAAAGGGGCACAGCAAAUAACAAAUCGAAGUAGACCUAAAUACAUAAGAACCCAAAAAUAAUAUUUUUUAAAUACCAAAAUAUUUUUUUAAUGCAUUAAAAACUAAGUUUGACACCAUGAGUCUGCGCAAGCCAACACCUUUCCACAGAGCCAAUCCCACUUAUGAAAACACUGAUAUACAGGGCAGUCCGCAAAACAUUAUGUACUUUUUUUUGUGCUUUCUGUUGCUUACAACAUAUUGCUUCAGCACCACAAAAGCAACUAACAUAGUGGAUUACUUGCCAAUUGGCGCACAUGGUGACUCCAUAAAAACGGAAGCAGAGCGCAUGACUAUAGUGCUACCACAAGGUUUUAAACCACAAGCGCCUCCCUUUAAACCGAUGCUUUUGCCUUUUGGCACACCAGCGCCCAGUAGCCCGUCCGGCGGCUGGAAACCCAUUAUUGGUGAUGCUGUCACGCCACCUCACAACAUUGUAAUGCCACCUGCAGCUCCGCUGGUGCCACCGCCCCUUGUAAUGUUGCAGGAUCGCAUUGAUACAGUGUCACGCGAGCAAAGCGUCGAACCUGAGAAUGGUCCAGUGUUGGAGUCGAUUGUAUAUGGCACAUGGAAACCGGAACGACCGCUCAGACCUGACGAAAUGCACAUGCCAGUCAUGCGCCCCGCUACACCAACGCUAGCAGUCUACACCCGCAAACGACCUACUUCUUCUUUGGAACAUCUCGGCAUACAACAUCAGAUCACUGACAUGCAAGAUAACGGCGCAAAAUUUAAUGAGCCAACCGCACAUAGGCGCAUAUCGACAACACGCGCACAUCACUCUGUCGCCACCCCACCUAAAUACAUAAAUGUCAAUAUUUCUGAUCCGAAUUUAUUGGAAAUGGCUAAACAAAUAAAUGAGUCUUUUCGUGAAAUUUUUGCACAGCCACAUUCGCAAAAAAUGAACACUUUACCUCAGUGGACGUCCGAAAUUUCAAUCGAUAACGAAAGUGAAAUUAAGACGGAAAUACAAAAAGAAUUUGAAGCUGAAACGGAGACGGAGACGGAGAUGACAACGGAAACACUAACCAAUGAUAUUGGCAAGGUGUGGCCAACAGAUUUCAUUGCUUCAUUGGAACAAGGCACAAAACAAAAGGAGGCAAGAAAAAACCUCACUUACACUUUUCUAGGUGAUAGUUCUGAUCCCCCGCUAGCUUCAGACAGGUUAAAUAUACCCAACCCCUUGCUGCCAAAGCUACCGCCGUUUAACAUCACCAAAGUAGGUAUACCCUACGAAAAACAAAACUCUGCCGAGGAGCCCACGAUUUGUGUACCUCUUAUCGUUCUUGAGGAGUUAAGUCAGUUAGAGGUAAUAGAAAUGGAACGAGUUUAUUGUUUUCCACUACCACCACCUCAAAAAGGGUCUCCUAAGCCAAAAUAUGUGACGUCAAAAGUGGAGAAUUUUACAGAAUAUGAGGCGGUAAACGCGUCGCCAAGGAUUCGUUUAAAUUAUAUAAACAUUUUAGGCAUAAGUACAAUUAUAUUAAUUUUGAUAAAGCUCGAAUACUCUUAA